AGAACCGGAGCUCAGGAUCAUCACCGGGUCAUCUCCAGCCUGUCGUUAAAAGAUGAAAACGCACUCAGGCCAUGGUUCUGAUCGGAGUUAAUGCUUUCUGUUGACAUCGGACUUUAUUUGUGCUGAUUAUUUGUGCAAACCAACAGUUUUGCUUUUAGUUUUGAGCGUUUUCUCAUAAACAUGGCUCCGACGAUUCAGACACAAGCUCAACGAGAAGACGGCCACAGUAGGCCAUCCUCCCACAGAACUGUCCCAGAGAGGUCUGGAGUCGUCUGCAGAGUGAAGUACUGCAACACCUUGCCUGACAUACCCUUUGAUCCCAAAUUCAUCACAUAUCCAUUUGAUCAGCACAGGUUUGUACAGUAUAAAGCCACUUCUCUCGAGAAGCAGCACAAGCAUGAGCUCCUGACCGAACCAGACCUCGGGGUCACCAUUGAUCUUAUCAACCCAGACACCUACCGCAUAGAUCCCAGCAUUCUGUUGGACCCCGCUGACGAAAAACUUUUGGAAGAGGACAUCCAGGCUCCAUCCAGUUCAAAGAGGUCACAGCAGCAUGCCAAAGUAGUCCCAUGGAUGAGGAAAACUGAAUACAUUUCCACAGAGUUUAACAGAUAUGGUGUUUCUAAUGAGAAAGUGGAAGUCAAGAUUGGAGUUUCUGUCAAACAGCAAUUCACAGAAGAAGAAAUCUACAAGGACCGAGACAGUCAGAUUUCUGCUAUUGAGAAGACAUUUGAGGAUGCACAGAAACCUAUUACACAGCAUUACAGCAAACCCAGAGUUACUCCUGUGGAGAUACUACCUGUGUUCCCUGACUUUAAGAUGUGGAUCAACCCAUGUGCUCAAGUCAUAUUUGACUCUGAUCCUGCGCCUAAAGAUAUGUCAGGACCAGCAGCAGUGGAAAUGAUGUCUCAGGCCAUGAUCAGAGGUAUGAUGGAUGAGGAAGGAAAUCAGUUUGUGGCCUACUUCCUGCCCAAUGAGGACACACUUCGAAAGCGCAAGAGAGACUGUGAAGAGGGAGUUGAUUACAUGCCAGAAGAUGUGUACGAUUACAAGAUAGCAAGAGAAUACAACUGGAAUGUCAAGAACAAAGCCAGUAAAGGCUAUGAAGAGAACUACUUCUUUAUCUUCAGAGAUGGAGAUGGUGUUUACUACAAUGAGCUGGAGACACGGGUGCGCUUGAGUAAGAGAAGAGCCAAGGCUGGAGCGCAGUCUACCACAAACGCUGUACUGGUGUGUAAACACAGAGACAUGAAUGAGAAGGAGCUUGAAGCCCAGGAGGCACGUAAAGCUCAGUUGGAGAACCAUGAGCCAGAAGAUGAGGAGGAGGACAUGGACAAAGAUACACAAGAUUCUGGUGAUGAGAAGGAGAAGGGCAGCGGCAGUGAGGCAGAAAACUCUGGUAGUGAAUCAGAGAGGGAAGACGAAGACCAGGAACAAAGGGGAGAAGAUGACGAUGAGGUUGAGGACAGAGGAAAGAGGAGGAGGAAGGCAAGUGCCAGCGGUAGCGAGAGCGGCGAGGAGAGGACCAGAGAAAUGCGAGAUGAGGAAGAGAUCUUUGGCAGUGAUGAUGACAGUGACGACAAUGAGCCCAAGAAUUCAGCCAGGAGCAGUGGGGAGGAUGGCAGCGACAGUGAGGAUGAAGGAGGGAACAGAAGAGGCAGCCGGAGUCGCAGUGCCUCUCCAGCACGCAGCGACCACAGCAGCGACCAUUCAGAGACUCGGGUUCAGAGCGGGAGUGGAAGUGAGAGAGGCUCAGAUUCCAGCGAUGGCAGUGACAGUGAAUAAGAUCAGUCAGCUGGGUCUUAUCUGUAUAUUGAGCUCCAAACACGGCACUCUUAUCUUGUCAUUGAGCGUAAUAUUGGCCUUAUUUGGGGGUUUAAGUUUCUUGAUGAUUGCAAGUUGUGUAUGAGAUGCUGAUGGCUUUUCACCUGGAUACAAUUCUGUUCAAUCCAGUUUUUAUUUGUAGACUUGACUUUAGUUGGCAUUCAUCUAUAUUGUUUGUCAGAUAGUCAUUACAGAAUCAUGUUAAAAUAUCUUUGUUUUCCCCUCUGAAAUGCCUUUGGAGCGGGCAUGGUAUAAAGCAUGUGGGCU